AUGGUUCCCAAAGCGAAAGUUCUCUCUCCCUCUCUCUCCCUCUCUCUCCCUCUCUCUCCCUCCCUCUCUCUCUCUCUCUCUCUCCCCCUUUCCCUGGGGCCGUUCAGGAGGCCUAGAGGAGGAGGAGGAGGGGGUGACGGUCCCCGGCGCCAAAAGGAGCUGCCCACCGAGCCACCGUUCACCGCCUUCGUGGGGAACCUACCCUUCAACGCUGUCCAGGGCGACAUCGACCACAUCUUCAAGGACCUCCGGGUCCGCAGCAUACGAUUGGUGCGUGACAAGGAGACGGACAAGUUCAAAGGGUUUUGUUACGUCGAGUUCGAUGAUGUUGAAACUCUAGAGGAGGCCCUCACAUUUGACGGAGCACUUUACGGAGACCGAACAUUACGUGUAGACAUUGCUGAAGGCCGAAGGCAGGAGCGCGGCGGGUUUGGUCGAGGGGGCGAUCGAGGCCGGGCGCCGCGGGGUGGAUUACGAGGCGAGAGCGAUGAUGGUUCCCCAGGAGGAUUUCGUGACUCUGACUAUGGCCGUCCCGGAGGCUUCGGUAGCCGGGGUUAUUCAGACAACCGUGUACUCGGUGACCGUCGGGGGGCGAUGAGUGGGGGCAGCGGCCGAUUUCGAGAUGGACCCCCCCGUGCUGGGGCCUCCUUCGACUUCCGGGAGCCCUCAGAUGAGGAGCGAGCUCAGAGACCCAGGCUCCAGCUGAAGCCCCGGACCAUCUCCGCCCCGCUGAACCAAGUAGCCAACCCCAACUCGGCCAUCUUUGGAGGGGCCAAGCCUCGGCAAGAGAAGGACAAAGUGGAGGGGCCUGACAACUCCUAGUUCCGGCGGAGCUUCCCAGAGUAGUUUUGGGGUUGGGGGGGGGGGGGGUGGGGUGAUGGGGUGAUGGGGUGGGGGGGUGGGGAGGGGGGGUGGUGUUAGGGUGGCGGUGGAAGGGCUUGGGGAGGACGUUUACGAACAGAAGGGGAGCUCUUCCAGCCCCUGAUCUGUGUGACUGUGGUCUUGGCCUGUUCGAAGAAUCUCCCUUUCUCCCGCUGCCAGUUUUUUAACCAGAGUUUUGUGUGUUUGUGAAGAGGUUUCGAUGCGGCGCCAAGGAGCUUAAAACCGAUAGGAAACGACUCCUCCCUUGUUUGGUUCGGCAACCCCCCCCCCCCCCCCCCCCCGGGAACGAUUCCCCGUCUCCUUACCCACCUCACCCCUCACCCCUCCACCCUCCACCCUCCUCCCCAGCCCUUGUGCCACCGAGAACUCCUGGGCAGGGCCACGGCCCCAGUGCGGGGUCGACCGCGGGGAUAGGCCCCGGGCUGCGUUCUCGGCCUAGUGUAGCACUCAACUCGGUAUUGGCGCAGGCCCCAUGUUUAGCCUAUUGUGUGAAUAACCGCAGGAAAGGCCCAGGCUCCGUUUUUGGCCCAAUGUGGGAUUGACCGCAGGAAAGGCCCAGGCUCCGUUUUUGGCCUAGUGCGGGAUUGACCACAAGAAAGGCCCAGGCUUCAUUAUUGGCCGAAUGUGGGAUUGACCGCAGGAAAGGCCCAGGCUUCAUCAUUGGCCGAAUGUGGGAUUGACCGCGGGAAAGGCCCAGGCUUCAUCAUUGGCCGAAUGUGGGAUUGACCGCGGGAAAGGCCCAGGCUUCAUGAUUGGCCGAAUGUGGGAUUGACCGCAGGAAAGGCCCAGGCUUCAUGAUUGGCCGAAUGUGGGAUUGACCGCGGGAAAGGCCCAGGCUUCAUCAUUGGCCGAAUGUGGGAUUGACCGCGGGAAAGGCCCAGGCUUCAUGAUUGGCCGAAUGUGGGAUUGACCGCAGGAAAGGCCCAGGCUUCAUGAUUGGCCGAAUGUGGGAUUGACCGCAGGAAAGGCCCAGGCUUCAUGAUUGGCCGAAUGUGGGAUUGACCGCAGGAAAGGCCCAGGCUUCAUGAUUGGCCGAAUGUGGGAUUGACCGCAGGAAAGGCCCAGGCUUCAUGAUUGGCCGAAUGUGGGAUUGACCGCAGGAAAGGCCCAGGCUUCAUGAUUGGCCGAAUGUGGGAUUGACCGCAGGAAAGGCCCAGGCUUCAUGAUUGGCCGAAUGUGGGAUUGACCGCAGGAAAGGCCCAGGCUUCAUGAUUGGC